AUGGAAAACUGCACCGUCCUAGGCGAUAAAAUCGUGCAAGAAAUCUUAAUCAGCCUCUCAAAAGAUGAGAUUUGUGAAUUCCUCAAUACUCUCGCCACGUCUCUGCUGAGCUUUUCCACCUCUGACGAACGAAGCUUUCAGCCAGAACCAGCCGUUGUGGCCCGUUCAAACGGCGUCAAGACUCUAUUCAGAGCCUUCACCUCGCCAGAAUAUGUGGGAACGAAGAUCAUCGUUGAUCCAAGUACGUCGAGAGAACAAACCGAUUCUUUGCAGGAGAACACUACCAAUGCCAAUAAACCUACUCUGCACGGGCUCUUGAUUCUGUGCAACAAGGACGGCCUGCCCAGGGGAAUCAUCAACGCCGACGAGAUCACAGCUCACCGCACGUCGCUUUCUGUUAUGAUCCCAUUCUCAUGGCGAGAAAGGACUGCUAAAAUUGUAGUCUUUGGGGCCGGGAAGCAAGCCUUAUGGCAUAUUCGCCUUGCCUUGGCACUCAGAGGAGACGAGAUCAAACAGAUUACUAUCGUGAAUCGAUCUGCUGAGAGGUCUCGAUCGUUGGUUUCUCAGAUAAGAGAAGAGAAUCAGUCACGUUGGAAGUCUUCUGUUCAGCUGGAUUCUCUCGAUAUUACAGACGCCGAGUUCCAGAGGCAGUUAGAAGACGUGCUUGCUACUGCUCAUGUUGUUUUCUGUACGACACCGUCGAAAGUUCCUUUGUUUCCCGCUCGUUUUCUUCGGAGACAACUCUCUGAAACAGGUGGUUGUUAUGUAUCGAGCAUCGGUUCCUGGCAGCCUAGCAUGAUUGAGUUGGAUCCUGAACUGUUACGGGAUGCCGUCACAUCAAACUCCGCGUAUAACCCAAGAGGCGGUGCCGGUGGAGCUGUGAUAGUGGAUGAUCGUGAAGUUGCACGAACGAGCUCCGGCGAGUUAAUUCAAAGUCAACUUAAACCGGAGCAGCUGGUAGAAGUCGGCGAGGUCAUAAACUUGAAGGACGAUCGUUCGGAUAAUGAGCAAUUGGAAAACUGGUUAGGAAAGGGAUUUGUUAUAUACAAGAGCGUCGGCGUGAGUAUGACUGAUCUCGCAGCGGGUACAGCGAUAUUAUCACUCGCCAGUCGGCGAGGCAAGGGGCUUUCUGUCCAGGACUUUUAG